AUGACGGCAGCACUUUCUCUGGGGAGAUCUCGUCUAACAGCACAGCGUUUUUACGCUGCAGUUACCUCUGCUGCUACACCAAUCAUUUGCAGUUCCAGUUUUCAAUUGCAGCAUUGCGUAGUUGGCAUUCGGUAUGCAUCUACGGCAAAAGAUAUCUUCGUUCCAUCACACGAUUCUCUGGCGGGUAUACCAGAUAUCCCAAUAAUAACUAUGCCUCCGGAAGCAGUAGCUGGUUCAGGCUUUUCCUUUUAUGAAAAGUGGCUUCUGAAGGUCGAUGCAUUGGAUAUGCUUGGUCUUAAUGGUAUAUCAACUGUGGAUAGUAUUGGGCUUUUUUCGUGGUAUUCACCUGCUUCGUGGUAUCGAAUUGGUUUAGAAUUUAUCCACAAUUAUUUUGAUCUCUCUUGGUUUGCUUCUAUUAUAUGCACUACGUUUUGUUUACGAUUAGCAUUUCUACGGGCAACUUUAUUUUUGCAAAGAUUUCCACCAAAGAAAAUGAUGCACGAUGAGACGUUGAAAAUGUUUGAUGAGAAGAAGAAAGAAGCUCGAGAAAUAAUUCGCAGUGAAACUCUGUACCGGAAGAUAUCGCACGACGAAAACAUAUAUGUAGAUACUUAUAAUUUAAGACCCUCCAACAGAUAUUAUUAUUUUCUGCUCAAUUCAGUUUUAUUUAUUUCCCAAUAUCGUGGAAUUACUCUUAUGGCAGAAAACAAUUUUCCUGGUUGGAACACAGGUGGCGCACUGUGGUUCCUGGAUCUAACAGUAACAGAUCCUAACUUCAUUGUACCAGCACUGUCAUCUGUUCUUAUUGGGUGCACACUUUUUCUUGGAUAUGAUCCAACCGGUACCGCAUCCGCUGGCAAAUACGUUAAAGCAUUCAAAUAUCUUGUGAUACCAGCUGGUGUAUUUUUUUUCAGCUCAAGGGUUCCCGUUGCCAUAUCGAUAUACUGGUGUGCCUCAAACUUCUUCAAUCUUUUGUUGACAACAGUUUUACGCGUGCCUAAAAUCCGUUAUGCUCUUGAUAUCCCAUUAAAAGUAACGAAACCGAGUUCCGUGGUGUUCCAAAAAGCAUGGAAGCGUGCAUUUGGUUGGAAGAAGGAAACAGAAAAACAGGCUCGAUCUCGACCUGUAAUGUGGGAGAUAAUGCAGAGACAAGAUUUGGAAAGAUUUGCAAAAGCUAGUGGACAAGGCAUUAGAGAAUGA